CUCUGGGGACUCCGGCGCACAGACGCGGCGAGGCGCUCGCGGUUUUGCUUUUGUGCCGUCCUCGUUUCUCCCAGGCCCGCGCUCACCCCGUACUCCCACUUCUGUGCGACCAUGUUCGUUCCCUGUGGAGAGUCGGUCCCCGACCUCACGGGCUACACCUUCCUAAUGCCAGCAGUAUCUGUUGGAAAUGUUGGCCAGCUUGCAAUGGAUUUGAUUAUUUCUACACUAAAUAUGUGUAAGAUUGGUUACUUCUAUACCGAUUGUCUUGUGCCGAUGGUUGGAAACAAUCCAUAUGCAACUGCAGAAGAAAAUUCAACAGAACUCAGUAUAAAUGCUGAAAUAUAUUCAUUGCCUUCAAAGAAGCUAGUGGCUCUUCAGUUAAGAUCCGUUUUUAUUAAGUAUAAAUCAAAGCCAUUCUGUGAAAAACUGCUUUCCUGGGUGAAAAGUAGUAACUGUGCCAAAGUUAUUGUUCUUUCAAGCAGUCAUUCAUAUCACCGUAAUGAUCUACAGCUUCGCAGUACUCCCUUCAGAUACCUACUCACACCUUCUGUGCAAAAAAGUGUUCAAACUAAAAUAAUGAGCCUUAACUGGGAAGAAAUGGAAAAAAGCCCAUGCAUUCCUGAAAUAGAUGAUUCUGAGUUUUGUAUUCGUAUUCCUGGAGGAGGUAUCACAAAAACAGUCUAUGAUGAAGGCUGUUCUAAAGAAAUCCCAAUGAUGGUUCUGCUGAAAUUUGUUUCAGAAGGAGACAAUAUCCCAGAUGCAUUAGGUCUUGUUGAGUAUCUUAAUGAAUGGCUUCAGAUAAUCAAACCAUGUGGUGAUGACCCCACAGCAUCUGCCUUGAAGUGGAAAAUGCCAAGUUCAUGGAGAUUACUUUUUGGUAGUGGUCUACCCCCUGCGCUUUUUUGAUCUUUUCUCAGUUUUAUACCUUAUGUCCCAAGACACUUAUUACCAACACAACUGUUAAAGAACUAUAUAAAAAGUUAUAUUAUCUGAGAAUGUAUUAGAAAAUAAAUCUUUACUUUUCACAAAAAAUCUCAAAAUGGAUUAACAAAUGUUCUUUUGCCAUGCUUUUCACUGUAUUCAAAAAAUGUAAAUUUUGUACAAUAAAAUAUUUCCGAAGUAAUUUUGUCUGAAA